AUUAAUUUUGUCCGUUAUUUAUUUGUUUACUGAGUUUUAAACGUUAAAUGUUUCCAUGAUUUCAUACUAAGCAAUUCAAGAGAAAGUGAAGUAUUUUUUUUUUAAAUAUGGGUAUCCCAAACAGUAAAGUAGUUACAGAUACCAAAAGUGAUAUUAGUUUAGCAGAAAUAAAUACACCAUCCACAACGUUAUCAUCCACACCACCUAAGUCGAUUGAUCCAAGAUCGCCAUCAGCUGAUAUUGCCAGAACACCAAUUGAGAAUAUUCCAUCAUUGUUAAGUAUUUUCCCUGAAUGUAAGUUAUUAGAACCAUCAAAUGUAGAAGAAAAUGAUAUAAUUGACAAUGAAAUAAAUAAAACCCCUAUUUCGAUUAAGCAAAACUCUUUUAAAGUAGACAAAGAUAUUCGAAGAAAACUUUUAAAAGAUUCCGCUUUAAAAAUUAUUGAAAAAACAGAUAAAAUAACCGCAUUAUGCGAUGAAAUAAUUGAAUCAAAUACUUCAGAAUCACUUUCAGACACUUCUUUAACCGAAAUGAUAAAUACUCCUGAUAAAUUUAAAAUGAAAGUAGGACUCCUGGAAACGGAUAUUGAUUUUAUUGAAACAGAUAUUGAUCAAGUUUACCAAAAAUCUCAUAAACCAGGUUUAUCGUAUGCAACACCCCGAGAUAUCUUACACGCAAAGCUUAAGAAACAAAUGGAAAAUAACGCGGAUAUAAAUAUUUUACAACUAACGGAUCCACGUUCGCCCACUGUUGGAAUUGAUAGAACGCCUGUACAAGUUAUAAAACCAUUGGAUAUAGAUCCUAGAUCCCCAACAGUUGAAUUUGAACGAACGCCGAUUCAAAUUCCGAUAAAAUCUUAUAAAAAUAUAAGAACGAAUGAAAUUGUAGUGGAUGUUGAAAAUUUCGAACAGAAAUUGGAUAUAUUAUGUAUAACAGAUUCGGAAGAUGAAAAAUGUAAAUCGGAUGAUUCAUUUGACAGAGUUAUGUCAAAAGAAAAGUCAGUUUCAGAAAGAUCUCUUGAAAAAAUUGUAUUACCAAAACGUAAUUUAAUUUACGAGGAUGAAGAAUGUUCAACGCCAACUAGGAAAAUACAAAAUUUGAAACAAAAUGAAGGUAGUGGGCGAACACCGUUGGGUGUACGUAAUGGAAAUGGUGCUCAUUGUCGUUCAAAAUCAGCAAAUGGACGAUUACCAUCGGAACAAAAAAUCAAUAAAAAUGAUUUGAAAAAUGCAUAUGCAGUCAGUAAAAUACCUGUAUUUAAUAAAAAUGUGAAGAAAAUUCGUGGAAAAAUUCAACAAUGUGAAAAUACACCUCCAAUGAAUUUAAAUGAUAUGAAAUUAUCAAAACGAGCUCAAUGGGACUCUGAUAGUACAAUGAUUAUAUAA